AUGGGGGAGGCAUAUGGGCUGCAGGAUUCUGAUGACAUUACAAUCAGCUCCUGUGACGAUGUGUACACUGAGAAACCUGAACUACGGAUUGUUCUUGUUGGUAAAACUGGAGCUGAGAAAAGUGCAACAGGAAACACCAUCCUCGGUGAGAAACUGUUUGAGUCUAAAAUCACAGCAGAAUCAGUAACAGUGACAUGUACUGUCAGGAAAAGAGAUUGGAACGGCAGGGACAUUGUAGUCAUUGAUACUCCUGGUCUUUUUGACACAAAAACUCCUUUAAAAGAAACUAUGAAAGAAAUAGGGCAUUCUGUGGUAGUCUCCUUCCCAGGACCCCAUGCCAUAGUUCUGGUGAUGCAGCUGGGUCGUUUCACUGAAGAAGAGAAAAUCACAUUUGAACUAAUACAAUAUAUUUUUGGGGAAAAUGUUGUGCAGUACAUGAUCUUAUUGUUCACUAGAAAAGAUGACUUAGCUGGUUGUACUUUACAUGAUCCUUUAAAAGCUUUGGAUGACAAAGAUCUUCAGAGAUUGAUGAAAAAGUGCAGGAAUCGAUGCUGCGCAUUCAACAACAAAGCAAAAGGACAGGAGCAGGAAGACCAGGUUGGAGAGCUGAUUGAAAUGAUUGAUAAGAUGGUGCAACAGAAUGGAGGCUUCCAUUAUACUAUUGACAUGUAUGAAUAUUCUCGGAUGAAAUUUCAAGAACAAAUGGAGAUGCUCAGAGAACGCUAUGAGGAAGAGAUGGAAAGAAAAAAAAGAAAAGUGACAACUCAGUAUGAGGAGGAAUGUAAGAAAAUAGAUGAGGAAUUACAGAAAAAAGGCUCAUAUAAUGAAAACACUUUGAAACAACAGAAAGAGGCCAUGAGACAAAAACUGGAAAAAGAUUUAGAGAAAAUAAACACCCUCUACCAGGCACAGCUACAUGAACUCAGGGCAAGAGCUGAUAUGUAUGCUAUUAUAAAAACAUUCUCUUCUGUAUUUUUUAAAAUGAAACGCUGGUUUGAAUAA